AUGGCACGGGACAUGUCGGAUAAAGACAUUCUCAAGAUGGAGUUAGACCAGUUGAAGAAGGAAGUGAAAACUGAGAGAAUGCCGGUGUCAACAACAGCUAAAGAGAUAGUGGAGUGGGUUGAUGGCCAGUAUGCUGAGGACCCCCUGAUCAAAGGCAUCCCAGAGGAAACAAAUCCCUUCAAGGAGAAGGGAGGCUGCAUAAUAAGCUAG